AUGCCAGGAGGUUAUAAAGGAGAGUGUGGGGACGAUGUGGACCCUAUGCCUUUCCUGGCUCCUUCGGAGAAGGAGAAGCUGGAGGCCGUGAGCAAGCCCUACGACAUCAAGAAGUCCUGCUGGGUGAAGGACGAAAAGGAAGGUUUCAUUGCAGCAGAAAUCCAGGGAGACAAGGGUGAUCAAGUCACUGUGAAGACCGCCAAGAACACUACUCUCACCUUGAAAAAAGAUGAUAUACAGCAGAUGAAUCCUCCCAAGUUCUACCAGGCUAGUGACAUGGCUAACCUGACCUUCCUGAAUGAAGCCAGUGUUUUGGAGAACCUGCGUUCACGUUACAUCACUAUGAGAAUCUAUACGUAUUCGGGGUUGUUUUGCGUGACCAUCAACCCUUACAGGUGGCUGCCCAUCUAUGGGUCAAAAGUUGCCCAGAUGUUCAAGGGAAAGAAGCGCAAUGAGGUGCCUCCCCAUCUCUUCUCCAUCUCUGACAAUGCCUAUCAUGACAUGAUGAUGGAGCAUGAAAACCAGUCUAUGCUGAUCACUGGAGAAUCUGGUGCUGGCAAGACUGAGAACACCAAGAAGGUCAUCCAGUACUUUGCCAACGUUGGCGCAACCGGAGGAAAACCGUCCUCAGAUUCCAAGGGCUCCCUGGAAGAUCAAAUCAUCCAGGCCAACCCUGUGCUGGAGGCUUUCGGUAACGCCAAAACCACCAGGAACAACAACUCCUCCCGAUUCGGUAAAUUCAUUCGAAUCCACUUUGGGCCCACAGCUAAGCUGGCUGGUGCUGAUAUUGAGAGCUACCUGCUGGAGAAGUCUCGUGUUAUUUCUCAACAAGCUGCGGAACGUGGCUAUCACAUCUUCUACCAGAUCCUGUCAGGGAAGAAGCCAGAACUUCUUGAAACGCUGCUGCUCAGUCCUGAUCCCAAACAGUAUAUCUGGGUCUGCCAGGGUGUGACUGUGGUUGACAACAUGGAUGAUGGAGAAGAACUGCUUCUCACUGAUGAAGCCUUUGAUGUAUUGGGCUUCACUCAGGAGGAGAAAAUGAGUGUUUACAAGCUAACUGGUGGCAUCAUGCACUUUGGUAACAUGAAAUUCAAGCAGAAGCCAAGAGAAGAACAGGCUGAAGUGGACACCACUGAGGUGGCUGACAAAGUUGCCCACCUCAUGGCAGUCAGCUCUGGGGAACUCCAGAAGGGCAUUACCAGGCCACGUGUGAAGGUGGGGAAUGAGUUUGUGACCAAGGGGCAGAACCAAGACCAGUGCAACUACUCCAUUGGUGCCCUGGCCAAAGCCGUCUAUGACAAAAUGUUCAAAUGGAUGGUUGCCAGAAUUAACAAAACCUUGGACACCAAGAUGCAGCGCCAGUAUUUCAUUGGAGUUCUGGACAUUGCUGGCUUUGAGAUCUUUGAGUUCAACAGCUUCGAGCAGCUCUGCAUCAACUUCACAAAUGAGAAACUGCAACAGUUUUUCAAUCACCAUAUGUUCGUGCUGGAGCAGGAAGAGUACAAGAAGGAAGGAAUCGACUGGGUCUUCAUUGACUUUGGUCUGGACCUGCAAGCCUGCAUUGAGCUGCUGGAGAAGCCCAUGGGGAUCUUCUCAAUCCUAGAGGAGCAGUGUGUGUUCCCCAAGGCCACUGAUGCUACCUUUAAGGCUGCCCUGUAUGACAAUCAUCUGGGCAAGUCCAACAACUUCUUGAAGCCUAAAGGAGGGAAGAAAGGCCCAGAAGCUCACUUUGAGCUGGUCCACUAUGCUGGCACUGUUGGGUACAAUAUCACAGGCUGGCUUGAGAAGAACAAGGAUCCACUGAACGAGACUGUGGUGGGCCUGUUCCAGAAGUCAUCUAUGAACCUUCUGGCUGCUCUCUUCAAGGAGGAGGAGCAACCUGGAGGGGCCAAGAAGCAGAAGAAGGGCUCAUCCUUUCAGACUGUUUCUGCUUUCUACAGGGAGCAGCUGAACAAGUUGAUGACCACGCUGCGCAGUACUGCCCCUCACUUUGUCCGCUGCAUUGUACCUAAUGAGUUCAAGCAGUCAGGGGUUUGUGAUGCCUUCCUGAUUCUGCACCAGCUGGCCUGUAAUGGUGUGCUGGAGGGAAUCCGCAUCUGCAGAAAGGGCUUCCCCAACAGGCUGCAGUACCCGGAGUUCAAGCAGAGGUAUUAUAUUCUGAACCCCAAUAUCAUCCCUAAGGGAUUUGUGGACAACAAGAAAGCCUCAGAGCUAAUCCUGGGCUCCCUGGGCCUGGAUGACAUGGAGUACAGGAUUGGGCAUACUAAGGUGUUCUUCCGUGCUGGAGUCUUGGCCAAGCUUGAGGACAUGAGAGACGAGCGACUGGCGAAGAUUAUGACCAUGCUUCAGGCCCGACUACGUGGUGUCCUCAUGAGAAUUGAGUUCAAGAAGAUGCUUGACAGAAGAAUUGCUCUGAUCGCCAUCCAGCGUAACGUGCGCAAAUUCCUGCAGCUCCGGUACUGGGGAUGGUGGAAGCUCUACAACAAAGUGAAGCCUCUGCUGAAUGUGGCACGGCAGGAGGAUGAGAUGAAGGCCAAGGAGGAAGAGCUGCGCAGUGCAAUGGAGAAGACCCAGGAGAUGGUCAACAGGAUCAAGGAGCUGGAAGAGAAGUUGGCCACCCUCUCCCAGGAGAAGAAUGACCUUUCGUUGACUCUGAUAGCGGAACAAGAGACACUGGCCGACGCAGAAGAGCGUUGCACCCAACUGAUGAAGUCGAAGAUCAGUAUGGAGAGCCAGAUCCAGGAGAUGAAGGAGCAGCUGGAAGAAGAAGAGAGUACAGCCAGUAGCCUUGGGGCCCAUAAGCGCAAGCUGGAGGGAGAGCUCAAUGACCUCAAGAGGGACCUGGAGGGGCUUGAGUCCACUCUUGCCAAGACCGAGAAAGAGAAACAGGCUCUGGACCACAAAGUGCGCACCCUUACUGGAGACCUGGGCCAAAGAGAUGACAGUAUAGCCAAACUCCAGAAGGAAAAGAGAGCUCUCGAGGAGCUGCAUCAGAAAACUCUGGAUGAUCUCCAGGCAGAGGAGGACAAGGUGAACCACCUCACUAAGAGCAACAGCAAACUCAACACCCAGAUCCAUGAGCUGGAAGACAACUGGGAACAGGAGAAAAAGAUCCGUGCUGAGGUGGAGAAAGCACGACGGAAAGCUGAGGGGGAUCUGAAAAUGACCAUUGAAAACCUGAACGAGAUGGAGAGAGCCAAGCUCGACCUUGAAGAGGCUGUCAAAAAGAGGGAUUUUGAGAUCAACCACUUGAACUCAAAAUGGGAGGACGAGCAGUCUCUCAACUCUACUUUGCAGAGGAAGUUCAAAGAGCACCAGGCUCGUAUUGAGGAGUUAGAAGAGGAGCUUGAAGCUGAGAGAGCCAUGAGAGCCAAGGUAGAGAAGCAACGUUCUGACUUGUCUCGUGACCUGGAGGACAUCAGUGACAGGCUGGAGGAAGCAGGGGGUGCUACAGUUGCUCAGAUUGAGCAGAACAGGAAGAGGGAAGGAGAGCUGCUUAAGCUUCGCCGGGAGCUGGAGGAGGCAGCUCUGCAGUCUGAAGCCACAGCCUCCGCUCUGCGCAAGAAACAUGCCGACUCCAUGGCAGAGCUUUCUGAGCAUGUGGAGAACCUGCAAAGGGUGAAGGCCAAGCUGGAGAAGGACAAGCAGGUUAUGAAGGCUGAGAUCGAUGACCUCAGUGCCAAUGUGGAGACUAUCCAGAAGGCCAAGCUGAACGGAGAAGCCCUUGUUCGCAAACUGGAGGACAGUCUGGCAGAAGCCAACGCCAGACUGACAGAGAUGGAGAGGAACCAAACUGAGCUGAAUGCCUUCAAAACCAGGAUCUCUUCUGAGAACAGCGAACUGAGCCGGGAACUGGAGGAGACGCAGAGCAGGUUGAACCAGGUCCUGCGUGUGAAGACCACCCUGACCUCCCAGACCGACGAACUGAAGAGGCAGGUGGAUGAGGAGUCCAAGUCUCGCAGCGCCGCAGUGGUUGGUCUGGCCAACGCCCGCCAUGAUCUGGACCUGAUGAAGGAGCAGUUGGAGGAGGAGCAGGAGAGCAAAGCAGAGAUGCAGCGGCUCAUCUCCAAACUGAACUCUGAGGUCACGACCUGGAGGACCAAGUAUGAGACUGAUGCUAUCCAGAAGACAGAGGAGCUAGAGGAGACCAAGCGCAAGCUGGCAGCUCGGCUCCAGGAAGCAGAGGAGGCGGCAGAGGCAGCGCAGGCCCGAGCGGCCAGCCUGGAGAAGGCCAAGCAGAGACUGCAGGGAGAGGUGGAGGACCUCACCAUCGAACUGGAGAAGUCCAAUGCCGCAGUUGCUGCCCUGGACAAGAAACAGCGCACCUUCGACAAGAUGAUUGCUGAGUGGAGCCAGAAGUGUGAGGAGCUGCAGCUGGAGCUGGACAACUCCCAGAAGGAGUGCCGCUCCUACAUGACUGAGGUCUUCAAAAUGAAGACGGCUUAUGAAGAGUCACUGGAUCACCUGGAGACUGUCAAAAAGGAGAACAAGACCUUGCAUGAGGAGAUUAAAGACCUCGUGGAGCAGCUGACUGAGGGUGGGAGGAGUGUCCAUGAGCUGCAGAAGAUCAAGAAAAAGCUGGAGAUUGAGAAAGAUGAGUUGCAGGUGGCUUUGGAAGAGGCUGAAGCUUCUCUAGAGGUUGAGGAGAGUAAGGUGGUUCGUAUCCAGUUGGAGCUGGCUCAGGUGAAAGCUGAUAUUGACCGAAGAAUCCAUGAGAAGGAAGAAGAGUUCGAAGUUACUAGGAAGAACCACCAGCGUGCCAUUGAGUCCCUGCAGGCCAGCCUGGAAGCUGAGGCCAAAGGUCGGGCUGAGGCUCUGCGCCUGAAGAAGAAGAUGGAGAUGGACCUGAAUGAGAUGGAAAUCCAGUUGGAUCACGCCAACAAGAACAACAGUGAGCUGGUCAAAACUCUGAAGAAGAUGCAGCAGCAGAUCAAGGACAUGCAAAUGCAGAUGGAUGAGGACGCUCGCCAGCACGAGGAGCUGAGAGAGCAGUACAACCUGCAGGAGCGGCGGCUCAGCCUUCUUCAGACCGAGCUGGAGGAGGUGCGCAGCGGCCUGGAAGCCUCCGAGCGCUCCCGCAAACUCAUUGAGCAGGAGCUGGUUGAGACCACCGAGAGAUACAAUGAGCUCAAUGUGCAGAACCAGAGCCUGAUUAUCAUAAAACGUAAACUUGAGGCUGACUUUCAGCACAUUACCAAUGAGAAUGAGGAGCUACUGAGUCAAUUCCGUGCGGCUGAUGAAAGAGCUAAGAAAGCUGUCACUGAUGCCACACGCAUGGCAGAGGAACUGCGCCAGGAGCAGGAUCACUGCAUGCACCUGGAGAAGAUCAAGAAGACCAACGAGAUCACUAUCAAGGACCUGCAGUUCAAGAUAGAGGAGGCUGAGCAGCUCGCCCUGAAAGCAGGCAAACGCACAAUCCAGAAGCUGGAGACCAGGAUAAAGGACCUGGAAACUGAACUGGAUUCAGAGCAGAAGCGCCACGUGGAGACAGUGAAGAAUCUGUGCAAGAAUGAACGUCGCCUCAAGGAGCUGGUCUUCCAAACAGAGGAGGACCACAAGACCAACCAGCGCAUGCAGGAGCUGGUGGAGAAGCUGCAGAACAAGCUGAAGUCUUACAAGAGGCAGAUUGAAGAGGCUGAAGAACAAGCAAACCAGAGCCUGUCCAAGUACAGGAAGACUGUCCAUGAGCUGGAUGAUGCAGAGGAGAGAGCAGGCAUGGCGGAGUCGGCCCUGAACAAGCUGCGCACCAGGAACCGUGCCUCUGUGGGCAAGGGCAUCACCUCUGUGGAGAUCAUCCAGGUGUCCAAGUCCUCCUCCUCCAAGAGUGUCUCCGAGGAGUAGGCUCCUGUCCACGCUGGCUGGCAGGGUGACAUGCACAACUACCCACUCCCUUUCCCAUGUGGACUGUUCCCAAGCAAAAAGCAAGACAGCUAGAAGACACUCCAAGUCUUAUAAAGACUUGUGGAAGAAUCCAGUUUACUGAAGUUUUGUCUUGUCCUGCUUGUUGUGUAGACUUGUGUCAUAAUGAUGGGAUUGGAUUGGGAAAUGCUGCACUUUCAUAUCAAGGAUGGAAAGUGCACCACUGUAUAUCACCCUGCUACUGAAUGUGCAUGAAUGCACUGUUUCAAAGUCUUAAAAGUAAAUGUCUUAAAGCAUAGUUCUAAUAAAGCAAAGCAAUGAGCAA